UCUGCCUCUUCUCAGACUGAACGAUGGCUGAUGCCCAGCUGUUAGUAUCUCAGAACGAGUUCACCUGCUCGGUGUGUCUGGACACCCUGACUGACCCCGUCUCCAUCCCCUGUGGUCACAGUUUCUGUCUCAAGUGCCUCACUGACUGCUGGGAUCAGAGCCAAGAGUUCAGCUGUCCUCAGUGCAGACACACCUUCACCACAAGGCCUGAGCUGAACAGAAACACUCUAUUGAAUGAAGUUCUCAAGAAACUAAAGAAGACGGCACUCACUUCUUCUCCACUUCAGUCUCAGAAAUAUGCUGGCCCUGGAGAAGUGGAGUGUGAUGCCUGCACUGGGAAGAAGUUCAGAGCGGUGAAGUCCUGUCUAACCUGCACGGCCUCCUUCUGUCAAACUCACCUGCAGCCUCACAGUGAAGGUGAUGCUCUGAAGCACCACACACUACUCGAUCCUGAUGGAAAUCUGAGGAGGAAACUCUGUGCAAAACAUCAGAAAAGUCUGGAAAUAUUUUGCAAAACUGAUGAGAUGUGUAUCUGUGUGAUGUGUGUGGUGACUGGACAUAAAGGUCAUGAAAUAGUGAAGCUGGAGACAGAAAGAGAAGAAAAACAGAAACAGCUGGGGGAGACACUGAGUAAAAUCAGGAGGAGGCUUGAGAAGAGAGAGAAGACACUGAAGGAGACAAGGAGGGCAAUGGAGAAAAUGAAGAUAUCAGUGGAACGACAGAUAUACGAAAAUGAGAACACCUUCACUAAUUUGAUCCUCUGCAUUGAGGAAGCCAAGAAGAAAUUGACUGAGAGGAUUAGAGAACAAGAGAAGAGAGAAAUAGAGAAGGCUAAAGGAGUCAUGGAGCAACUAGAGAAGGAGAUUGAGGAGCUAAAGAAGAGAGAUGCUGAGCUGAAGGAGCUUUCAGAAACCAAGGACCAUGUCCACUUCUUGCAGACUUUGUCAUCUCAGUGUGUCCUUCCUGCUGAUGGAGACUCACUCAGCUUCACUGCCACUGCUGAUUUCUCUUCUGAGGACCUGAUAAAAGAGCUGUCAUUUCUGAAAAAGAGUCUGAAGAUGAUCAGCCAGUGGGACAUAAAAUCAUCCAUUCUAUCAGGUCCCGAAGCUCCAAUUUUUACCCCACAGUCUCCUGAAUCUCGGAGCAGAGACGAGUUUUUACAAUACUUCUGUCCACUCACUCUGGACAUCAACACGGCACACAGAGACCUCCGUCUGUCUGAAGGGAACAAGAAGGUGACAUGUGAGAGGACAAAGCCUGAAUAUCCUGACCAUCCUGACAGAUUUGACGUGUGGCCCCAAGUUCUUUGUAGAGAGGCUCUGACUGGGACUCGCUGCUACUGGGAGGUGGAGUGCAAUGGAGGGUUCAUGAGGAUUGGAGUCACAUAUAAAGGAGUGGGCAGGAAAGGAGCAGGGAAGGAGUGCAGGCUUGGAGACAACAGCAAGUCCUGGAGUUUGUUGUGUUUUAAUUCCAAGUACUCUGUGCGUUACAAUGACAAACAGACUGUAAUCAGUGCCCCCUACAGUCCCAGACUAGGUGUGUAUCUGGACUGGCCUGCUGGCUCUCUGUCAUUUUAUAGUGUCUCACAUACAAUGACCCUCCUGCACAGGUUCAACACCUCCUUCAAGGAACCCCUCUAUCCAGGGUUUGGGUUUUGGCUUGAUUAUAACUGCAGUGUAACAAUCUGCCAUCUGCAGCAAUGUGACCACUGACCAGUACUGUCCUCCAAUCACUUGACGUCCCCACAAGUGCAGGUCCCCUAUGUGCUUGUAGAUUCAGGUCAAAAUGGAUUAUAUAGGAUUCAGCACCUCUGUGCCUGAAAUUGAGGAUGAGAAUGCAUGGUGAGUAUGGUUGUCAGGGUCUCCAUUAUUAUUGGGUUUGAGAAACCAAUUAAGUGUGUGUGUCAUAGUGAGGAGUGGUGACACCUCAGACAUACAAAUACCAGUCUGACCAGCAGAGGUCACUGUUGAUUCACAGCCACAUGUCUUUCAGGCUGACACCCCAACGACUGAUGGAGACCCAAGUGUCAGAGUGUUUUUUGCAAGCAAAUUUUAUUAAACAUUUGUUUAAUUGAUACAUAUCAGAAAAUGAGAACUUUUUUUUUAUCUUAAUAACAACAUAGAAAAAAACCCAACCACAGCGGGUGGGGUUAUUCUGA